UUUUAAACAAAUGACAAUUUGCAACAUAAAAGAUAUCACGGUUAAACCAUUCGAACGUGGACAAGAUAAACAUAUUUGGUUUCCUGUUCAGAUUGAAUUGGAUAAUCACGACAAAAUUGAAGUUUACAGAAGAUAUUCAGAUUUUAUUAGAUUCUAUGAACAAUUACAGACUAUUGACAAAGGCACAUAUUUACCAUUAAAGAUGGAUAAUAAAAAGAUGUACUGGAUCAAGAGACACCAAAAAUAUUCACAACGACAAGCGGAACUGGAGAAGUUUUGUAAAUAUCUUUUGGCACUUCCUUCCGCCAUUACCAGCUCCGAUUUCUAUAUUUCCUUUUUCAACCUGGAUGUUUCCAGUGACACCAGCAGCAGUGGUAGCAGUAGUCAUGGUGAUAGUUGCACAGAUCUCCUAAGGAACGAUACCAUACUAGAAGAAGAGGAAGAUGUCAUUCGAAUCAAGUUGGUAUAUGAUGCACAUAACAUUAUCAUUCUUCGAGUACCUCGAUCAAUCACAUUUAACGAACUAAAAUCAAAGAUUAUUCAAAAGUUUGCUCUACUCAACAUCAAUCUAUCACCUCAUCUCAUUUUAUUAACCCUGUCAAACCAUCAACAACAAACAUCGUCAGCUAGUUCCAUAACAGAAAAUGUGGUUGUGAUUUCAAGCGAAACCCACUUUGUUGAUGCAAUGCAAACGCAAUGGCUUCAUGAUAAAAAAAUAACUGCUCGCAUACUCUCCAUCUAAAUUGUAUUUACAUCUUACAUAUUUUGUAUUAUAUAACAGAACCUCCUUUGCACAUAUAGAAUGAUCACUCAUAGUAGUAGUAGUAAUAAUAAUAAUA